CUUUCAUCAACUGCGAAUAGUGUCGUCCUUUCUAAGUUUUCGUAUCUUGUUUUUGCCUUCAUUUUAGCGAGUGGAAGGGUUCUGAGUAGUACGUACUGACUGCCAUUGCCUCUACAAACCAUGAUCCAAGAUUAGCUAUGACCAAAUGCCUGAGAUGCAGAGGUGUGACCACGCGUUCUAAGGCCGUACAGUGCUCUGAGUUUGACGAAUGGAUGCGUAUUCAAUUUCAAGUUCAAUUUGGACAGGAACGGCUUCUAACAGAGCAGACCCCCUCGAUGACUAUAAUCCGUUUGCGGAGCCAACUACAGGCUUUCGCUACGGUGCGCCACCUAUGGAAUCUGUACCGGAUACUGCAGUGAACGAGAAGGAAGGUGGUAAUUUGGGUGGAUCCGUGCCACCCCCGGCUCAGUUGCCUCCUUUUUCUGCCACUUCCAUGUUGAAUAACGAUGCCAUUUUGGCGCUUGAGCGACGUCAGGCGGAGUUGGAAGCGCGUGCUGCUGAACUGGAUCGUAAAGAAAAAGAACAGCAUGCCAGACUUGCGGCAUAUCAGGCAGGAGCGCCCCCCCAUAAUUGGCCUCCACUUCCAUCAUGGUGUCCAUGCAAGCCAUGCGUGCGUCAAGACUUUGAAACAGACAUCCCUGCCGAUUGUCGUUGGUUGGCCAAAAUGGGAUACGGAAUUUGGUUGGCCUACGUGCUCGUACUGUUGAUCAACAUGGGCGGGACACUUAGCUACUUCAUUGUGGGGCACUCGUCUGUUGAGGGCCCGCUGUUUGGUGCUUCCAUCCUGUUGUUUCUUGUGAUGCCACCGGCGAGUUUCUUUGGAUGGCACCGACCACUUUACAAGGCUCUUCGGUCGGACAGCUCUGUCAACUAUGUCAUUUUCUUCAUUCUAUUCGCCGCUCAAGUGAUCAUUAUUCUCAUCCAAUGUUUGGGCAUCGACUACCUUGGUUCUUGUACAUGCUGAAACAAUGCUCAAAACAUCAGUGCCUGCGAAUAUCGACCUCUGUGUGUGCGUCACUAAUCGCCUACCGCGUGAUACGCACAUGUGGUUUGGUUCUGGCACUCGGCUGUCACCUGAACACAGAAUAUGCUCUCUUCGUGAUUGUUUUCAACUGCAUGCACACUUCAUGCUCAAGCAUGUUGCUUCAUGUUUCCAAUUAUUUCAUACUCUAGGUGAAUGACCACUUGUUUAUGAAUUGGUUGUUGUGUAUCGGUGAGCACUGUUGUUACACAGACAUUUACUGGUCAAUGCGGCUUUUGUCUAAAUCCCAGA